AUGAGCGAGACUAUGCUGGGAUAUCUGGAGAUGAUUGGCGGGAGCGACGAUGACUCGGAUGAAACUAUGACUAGCAUGACCCUCGGCGGCUAUCCUCGGCGGCUGGCGAUAUGCAAACACAGAAUGCUGAAACUGGGACGCAAUGAGAAAGAAUGUGACUUGGUGCUUCAGGAUCCUGCAAUAUCUUCGAUUCAUUGUGUUUUUUGGGCGAUUCUUUUCGAUGAAGAAAGCUCGCCAAUGUGCUACGUUAAGGAUUGCUCGCUGAAUGGCACCUACAUGAACGGAUCCCUGCUAAAGAGGAAUAGCGCGUAUCUACUACAGGAUGGGGACCUCAUAUCUCUCCAUGACCGGGUUGGGAAGGUUUUCAGGUUUUCAGGGUUGGGACAGGCGGCUAAUCCGCAGCUUAUCGAGCAGAUGGGGUUUCAGAGAAGAGUGAACGACUGGGAGGUGACUUCAAGAGUUAUAGGAAACGGGACUUUUGGACAUGUUCUGGUGGCGUAUAGGAAUUCCAAAAACGUUCAGGAGAGGACGAGUUUGAUUCCUCAGCACUCGCCGGAAAACUACGCCGUCAAAAUCAUCAAGCUGAAACCCAAUAAAUUGGAUAAAGAGGCCAAGAUUCUCCUCAAAUUGAAUCAUGUAUGUUCAGACACAUUUUCGCGCAUGAACACUGACAGAGAAGUGGGAAUAGAUACUAACAUAUUUGUUAAUGGCAGCCUAACAUCAUCCAAGUGCAUCACACAUAUUGUGACCAAAAGGAUAACCUAUAUAUUUUCCAAGAUUUGCUACCAGGAGGAGACUUGUUCUCGUAUUUGGCCAAAGGGGAUUGCCUGGCAUCGAUCUCAGAAACCGAAUCUCUCAUAA